AUGGAGAGUCAAAGAAUCAAAUUUCUCGAACUCUUGGGAAGAUGGCAGAUGAAUCCUCGUCUCGGUGUCCCUCUACUUCGUCAAUUGGCCAAAAGCCAUAAGGAUGCCGUGGCAUCCGGAACAGAGGUUGACAAAAGUGACUUCUCGCUCCUCGUCACACAGUUAUGCGGCUUUCUCAUCGAUGCUGGUGCACCCCCUGCCUUCCCGGAUCAAUGCGUCCAGGAAGGUCUCCAUACCCUUUAUAUCGACAUUCUACUCCAAAACACGUUCUGGAGCCAACAAGAUAAUAGAAUACUGUGUGAACUCCUCAGCGGGCUCACGCAUUGCAUCCGCGCAAUCCAGCCCAAAACCAAGGCAGCCAACGACAUAAUACUACGAACACCACCUCUUUUACAGCUCUUCUGGAAAAAUCGCACCCGCUUUCGCUUAGAUACUAUUGACGUCUCCGGACUUGAGAGUCCAGAAUCCGGCAUGCUGCGUGAACAAGAGCUGCUCUGGCUUAUCCUCGAGAUUUAUCAGAUAUAUUGUAAAACGUGUGAUGCACAACCUCCACCCACCACAUACCUACCUCACCUCGGCGUCUACUUCUGGACAACUGUAAAUCUUCGCGACUUGCGCAUCGCGGCAUGCUACCAUCUCGUCACCUUCCUUUCGUCGCCCAAAUAUCAAGAAGCCGAGGGAGAGAAGUUCGCCAAAGAUGUUAUUCUCAACGGUGUUGGCAUAAAAGAGUUCAUAAAUCGAGCAUACGCAGAACUACGACGCGAAGACAACCCGGACGUUCUGGUUAUGCGCAUUGCUUGGUCUCUAGCAAGGCUCAUUGACAUGUCAUUUUUGCAAGCUCAUGUCAGCUACAAAGAUCUCCUGUCAGCUCUCGUCGCCGCGGCUUCUAGACUAGCCACCAAAGCUAAGGCGAGGGCUGGGGAUCGAGAUGGUACCAUUACUGCGGCGAUCGAGGUGCUGAAUAAGACUUUGGUGCGCUCAGAGAAGGUUCACGCAAGUGAUGCCUUGGAGCUUUUGGCUCGAGCAAUCGACUUGUUGCUUGUCGAAGCAAGCCUGACCGGAUUCAACAAGGCGAAUUACAUCGGUAUCACAAACGCUGUUCACAACCUCGCAGUUUCCGUGCCGGAGACAGGGCGGAACUCGACUGCGAAUCAGCGCCGGUUUCUUGCGGACCUCAAGGAUGCAGCUCCUCGCGUUUGGUGGCCUGGAUUAUAUCGCCUACGACUCGCGAAAUAUCACGCCGGGCAAUCAGCUUCUUACGACGAGAUCAUCCACCGGUGGACUCUUCUUGGAGCCAGGUUGAAGCUUCGGGAACGUGCCGAACGGCAACGCUUUGAAAGAGAAGAAAAGUGCCAUUGCUCGUGGAAGGAAUGUCAAUUCUCAAUGGGAAGAGCAAGAAUGACGUCGCCCGCGGAUCUGAAAAGCUGUGGCGGGUGUAAGCAAGCUCGUUACUGCAGCACGGAAUGUCAAAAGAAUGAUUGGCGCAAAGGCGGUCAUAAGCUACUCUGUCAAAAGUUCCAAGAUGGUUGUAUUUGA